GCCUCCUUGUUCAUCAUUCAACUUUUCUCCUUUUCUUUGUUCACCCUUUUCUCUCUUUCCAAAACCCUAACAUGGAUCUUCGCUACCUAUCUCAAGCUCAUCUUAAUCUUGGUAAGCCAUACAUUGUGCGUCAAUUAUGGAUUUUGCUAAGGAUAUUGCUGGACAAAGGAAAAGGUCAAGGGAGGAUUAUGCAUCUCAUUCUAUUUCUAAGGAGUCCAAUGAGUAUAACUUUUCAGUUAGCAAAACCAAGCUGGACCUAACAUUGCUAAAGGCAACCUAUGACCUCUUGUCUUCUAAGGAAAAGUAUGAUUUUGAGUUUGAGCUAGUACUUACUAUUGAUGAGUAUCAUCAAUUCUUACGAUGUAGUCCUACAAUGGAUUCACAUACCUUUACCCCUAAACAGCAGCAUAUGCAGCUUACAAGUGUAAUGGUUCAAGAGAUGUUGCAACGUAUUUGUGGGUUCUCUUUUGAUUUCACACAACCUUUACUAAGCACUUCAUGGGAUACUUAUGGGUUUAAUUGGGAUACAGCUUUUACAACUAUGGGCAAGAGUUUAGCUAAUAUGAGAUCUUUUGAAAGGAUCAGAUUUGUGCCACUUGGGUUGUCGUCUACUUCAGCAUUCAAUACUGCUCCGACUGUAGUUGCUGAAACCUUGAGAUCUAUGCAACAUAUUCGAGCAAAAUCACGUCGCCAGUUUGGAGAAGCACAAGGUGUUCCUUAUCUAAAUAAUGGUUUACCUCCUCCUUUUGAUUAUGCAUCUCCUAUGAAGAUUGUUGACAAGAUAUCUGAGGCACGUGAACUGUGGGUCAAAUGUAGGAUGUUAUCGAUAUGGAAAGAAAAUGGAACUAUACCAGAAUAUGAGCAAUGGAGCCAUGCUCAAAGAGCUCAUUUGCAAGAAAAGUAUGAUGGUUUAGCUCUUGAACAUGAAUUGCUUAAAAGGGGUAAAGAAUUGUCUGAUCAGCAAGUGAUGAAAUUGAAAGACAAAAUUACUUUGUUGGAAAAAGACUUGGCUGCCAAUAGACAAGUUUGUGUGGAGAAAAAGCGAAGUUCGAAGUUUGCUAAGGAACAAAAGAGAAGGUUAUUACAAGUGAAGGCGGAUCUCAAAGCAAAAGAGGAGGAGAACAAGGAGCUUGUUGAGAAGAUGGCCAAGCAACAAAAAUUGGAAGAAGAGGUGGCUCGGUGGAAGAAUGUUUACAACAAUCUAUUGUCUGACUAUAGUGCUUUGCAAAAGGAAUUACAAGUGGUGAAGCAAUCAAAGCAAGGAGGGGAAGAAACUACAUCUUGAGUAGCUUAUGGAAAUUUGUCACUUGAGAACUUACAAACAUCAGAAAUGUGGACUUCUUAAUGAAAAUUUGCUUGAAUGAAUACAAUCUUUCUUCCUUAUCAAAAGUGUAUUCGAUAAAGUAAAAUCCAUGAAUAGUAUAGAAACUUUCAUUUUUGUUCAAGCUUCACUAAUCCGGUUCUCCAGGUAGCUCUAAACUCCUCUAUUUUCUAUUUCUUCUUCUUCUUCUUCUUUUUUUUUUUUUUCUUUUGUUAUGGAUGUGUACGAUUUCUCUGUAUUUUGAUACCAACUGAUUUUAAAAUGUGAAUGUACUGGUGUCUACCUUAUAUAUUUCAAGAUUUUGGGCAGAUUGCUCUCGCUUUUCCGUUUAUGAGCUUUUAUGGCUCGAAAUGCUGAUUUUGAUAUUAGGAAAAUGAUUGAGUGUUUAGGUGGAUUUGAGAUGGGUUUGCAUUAUCGAUAGGAAUUAUUGGCUAUAGAGAGUUGUGUGCAUUUUUGGAUUGAACAAGAAAGGCUGAGUCUAUUU